AUGUUGGAGAGAAAUUAUACUCCACCAACUGAGUUUAUAUUUGUUGGAUUCACAGAUUAUUUUCCUAUUAGAGUAACCCUGUUCUUUAUAUUUAUCAUAGUAUAUAUACUCACAGUAGUGGGAAAUGUAGGUUUAAUAAUCCUAGUUAAUACCAAUUCAAGCCUUCAAACUCCUAUGUAUUAUUUUCUCAGCAAUCUGUCUUUCUUAGAUAUCAGCUAUUCCACAGCAAUUGCUCCUAAAAUGUUGGUGAAUUUCUUAGCAUCCAAGAAAAGCAUCUCUCUCUAUGGCUGUGCAUUACAAAUGUAUUUCUUUGCAUGUUUUGCUGAUGCUGAGUGCCUUAUCUUGGCAGCAAUGGCCUAUGAUCGCUAUGCAGCCAUCUGUAACCCAUUGCUCUAUUCUACACUGAUGUCCAAGAAGGUCUGUAUCUGCUUCAUUGUUUUAGCCUAUUGUAGUGGAGGCAUGACUUCCAUGGUACAUGUCUGCCUCACUUUCAGACUGCCAUUUUGUGGCUCCAAUGUCGUUAAUCAUUUUUUCUGUGAUAUUCCACCUCUCUUGGCUUUAUCAUGUGCAGAUACUCAUCUCAAUGAGCUUCUGCUCUUUGCUUUGUGUGGCUUCAUCCAGACCAGCACUUUUGUGAUCAUAUUUAUCUCUUAUUUCUGCAUCCUUGUCACUGUCUUGAACAUUAAGUCAUCAGGAGGCAGAGGAAAAACUUUCUCCACCUGUGCUUCUCAUCUUGUGGCUGUUGCCUUAUUCUAUGGAACUCUCCUAUUUAUGUACUUACGUCCCACCACCAGUUAUUCCUUAGACACAGAUAAGGUGGUUGCACUCUUUUACACUGUUGUCUUUCCUAUGUGUAACCCAAUAAUAUACAGCUUCAGAAACAAGGAUGUCAAAAAUGCCCUUAAGAAACUAUUAGAAAGAAACCUGACAGUCAAAUGA